CUAGAAAAAAAUAAUCUGUUAAAAAUAAUUUUUUUUUAUAAAAUAAUCUUAGAAAAACUUAAAGCCGCCUGUAAUUAUAUUAUUAAGAAUCUGAAAAAAAGAUUUAUUAUAUUUAAUACAAUUCUGUUUAUCUCUUUUAUUCUAAUAAUAAAAAAGCCCGGAGGAGGAUUAUAUCUGUAUAUUAAUUAUUAA